CUGUGAGGGUUGACCUGGCUGACUGUGAGCUAUGCUCCAGCUACUGCAUCUGCUGCCGUAAACAACACAAGAGUCGACUAUCUGCUUUGUGCAGUGUACAGAGGAACUCUCAUGCUCUGAACACUUGUGGUGCACCGUGCAUUGUAAGCAAGCUGUGUUUGCAUACACUUUUCUUCAGGACAUUUGAAUGUAAAAGUAUGACAUUCGAAGUGAUAGUAAUCGACUUUUCUCAUAUAAAAGCACUUUGGGAGACACGUGUCAAGAAAUAUAAGGAACAAUGUAAGAAAGAAAAACAGAGGAUCGAGCAAAGUGCCUUGGAAAAGAUAAAGAAGGAAUGGACAUUUAUACUGGAAUGCAGAAACAAAGGUAUACCACAGGCGGUAUACAUGAAGCAUGGUUUUGUAGACACCGAGUUGAAGAUUCCGGAAAGAGAGGAACAAAACUCUGACAAAAAGGAUCUGAUUGUUAAUGAAAAACCCAAAACAGAUAAAUUCAUUUUUCACCUUUUUGGGGAGCAAUGGGAGGAACUUCCAGAGUCUCUGAAAGAAAAAACAUAUCUUAAACAACUGUAUGUUAACAAAACUCGGAUACGGAUUAUUCCUGAGUAUAUACGGUUCUUUCAAAAGCUAAACGUUUUGGAUAUGUCCCAAAACAAGAUUUCAACCAUACCAUCUGAAAUAGGUUAUUUGAAAAGUCUGAAAGAACUCAAUGUUAGUUUCAACAAUAUAAAGGAAAUACCACCUGAGCUGGGAGACUGUGAAAAUCUUGAAAAGUUGGAUUUAUCCGGAAACUUAGAUCUCAUGGAGCUGCCUUUUGAGCUCAGUAACUUGAAAAAGGUCACUUUUGUAGAUUUGUCUGCAAACAAAUUCUGUUCUAUACCAAUUUGUGUAUUAAGGAUGUCAAUGUUGAAGUGGUUAGACAUUAGCAACAAUAAUUUGAAGGAUCUUCCACAAGACAUAGACAGGCUGGAGGAACUUGAGACACUUCUUCUUCAGAAAAACAAGUUAACUUACCUUCCACAAGAGUUGACCAAUAUUUCUAAAUUGAGAUUGCUGGUUGUCAGCGGUGAUAGUUUGGUUGAAAUACCCUCCAGCCUUGAAGAAAACCCUUCACUGAAGUAUGUUAAGCUACUUGAUAACCCCAUUGAUGGAAGUUUAGAUCUUGAAGACGAUGAGGACUUGAAUGAGAAUAAUCAAGACCGUGAGAUAUUUGAAAAAGAGUUUAUGAAAGCUUACAUUAAAGACCUUACAGAGAGAGAAACCACUCCUACUUAUACAACAAAGGUGUCGCUGAGUCUGCAUAUCUAAGUGUUAUACUGAGAAUGAAAUACAACACUUCCCUGCAAAACUGUGAACCCAAUUAGUAUUAUACAUCUACAUAUUUUUAGGAGCCUAUUUAUGGUUUGGAAGAAAUGCUUAAUGA